CUACAUCAGAGACAACCUCCUGGACCCCGAGGAUAUAAUCAGCUACAAUAAUGACAUCAUAGAGCAGUCUGGUAAACAAGAGUUGGUGGAGCUGUUUGGUAGACGGACAAAUGUUAAUCCUGUGUCGUUUAUUGCCGGUACAGACUUUUUCCUUGAUAUUGGCACUGUGUUCACACGCAUCCAAGUUAAGAGGGAGCGAGGUACAGCUGCCCAAGAUAUACCAUAUGAAGACAUUCUAAAACUUGCCAUUGACAAAGGCAAAAGAAUCAUACUUAUUGAAGGUGUCGCCGGUGUUGGUAAGACGACCUUCUUGAUAAAAUUAUUAAGUGAUUGGAAGGCCGACAAGAGCACCAUACAAGGUCUUACUAACUUCCUGCUUGUCUUCCAUGUUGAAUGCAGAAAUCAACACAUCAGGUCUUUUUCACAGCUCGUCCAGUCACAGAUGCCAGACACCGCUAAGAAGUGUCGAGGAGGUGACAUGAUCAAAUGUGUCCAGCAUUUUAAGGUCCUCGUGCUGGUGGAUGGCCUCGACGAGUUGAAUACAGCAUCAAAAGCACUGGUCCAGGAUGUCUUAUGUAAUUAUAACUUUACUGUAGUCUGUACUACAAGGCCAGAGAGGGUGGACGACUUCUACAAAACUCUUCCAUCUCACCUGGGAGCUGUCCAUUUACAACUUGUUGGUAUUCCUGCUGAAAGUCGUGGAACUUGUGCAUAGAAAUACCACAACCAGCUAAAAAAAGCUGGCAAGAGUACACAGAGUACACGAGAACUGGUAGAGUACCUAAAGAGUAUGCCACGUCAUCUCCAGGAGUACCUAAGAUUGCCCAUGAACCUGGUAUUCUUAACUCUCAUAUGGGCCGAAGAUCCAAGUAAUGUAAAGAAUAUGACAACGGCCACACAACUGUACAGUAAAGUGAAGGAUAUGACGACAGAAAAAUUUGUGAAACGACUGAUAGAUAAACCAGACACAGUUAUAUCUGCUAGUAGUGUGAAGAGAAAGGUUGAAAAGAUCUUUAAAGUGAUGUGUCGAGAAUCCCUUGUAAGCCUAAAAUAUGACUCAUUAAAUGUGUCACAAGAGAUGACAGACAACCUUGAACAAACAUGUGGAGGUGUUAACAUUCUGCUCGAGGAAGUCAUCGGCGCCUUCCUCAUCACCAACAACACUUACUCUCUCUGUGCAGGAGUUAAGUCAUGCCUUAGUUUCCCCCACAAGGGAGUUCAGGAUUUCUACAGCGCCUUGCAUAUAAGGGACUCGCUUCAGGGAGACAGACCAAAUAUGUCUCAAGGUCCCCGCAUCAUCAGGGAGGUCCUGGAGGAGCUACACAAGGAUGACCCGUCGUCUCUGACUCUGACCAAAUACCAGAACGUUCUGGUUCAUCUAACUGGCAUUUUAUAUGUUGAUGGCGGAGGAGAGGUAAAGGAAGACAAGGCAGAAGAACUGGUCCGCCUUCUCCACUCUUCCGGUAUGACAGACAAGAGACAGUGGGAGGACCUGAUAAAUGACGUGAAGUGUGACGCUACCUUGUGUAAAUACGUCGCUAAACAUAUUCCACAAUUGGUGACAGGUGACAUAUGGGUCAGAGAUAGCAGUGUGUCAGUCUACACCACUCUACUCCCUCUUGGUCGACCAGACAAGAUAACCGUAAGUAUUGAAGGAGACCCAGACAACAUUCCCCACAUGGUCGACCUGAUGAAGGUGGUGGCUGCGUGUAACAACUGUGCAGUACACAUAACUAUGACCCAUCACUGGAAGCACCCAGACACCUGCAGCCCCUCUCUUGACUCAGCUCUCCAAGACGUCUUUAAAAGCUACAGGCGUCGGGUGAGGGGUUCAGGGGUCAGCUGAGUGGUGCUGCUGUUAGGUCGCUGCCACACACUGUGGGGGGCCUCCACCUGGUGAUAACUGACAAGGACCCCGACCUGGCCCCGGCGGUGACCUCUCUGUGGUCACGUGGACAACUGGCCUG